GGGCAGGGGAGGGCGCGGGGAGAGCGGGGCGCAUCUGAUGGGGAUCCGUGUCAUCCACUCAUCAGGCUGAGAUCAUUUCAUUAUCACGAUGGUUCUCACCCCUAGUGGCGUAGUAGAAACCCUUGGGGAGCUUGAAAGGAACGCAGAAGCGGGGGCCCGACCCCUGGAGAUUCCGAUUGGAUUAGUUGGGGUGAUGCCUGGACCUCGGGAUUGCAGAGCAGCCCGUCGGCCGAUAUGUAACGCGCGGAUGGACUGCAGAACCACCGCACGCUUCAGCGCCGGCUUUCAGUUAGCCACGGGGCCACCUGGGCUGGGCUCAGACUGCGCCCCGCGGCGAAGCUGCUCACCCGCCCGAGCGCCGUGGCCACCGGCGGAAAGGAAGAAGGUCCCUCCUGCAAUCAGGGACAAGGAUGGCCAGACAGCCCGUGGCCAUGCACCUCCCUCAGAGCUUCGGGGCCUGAGACUGGGAUGGCAGUGGCGGGGCUGGGUGGGCUCCAGGCCUGGCUGCUGGGCCUGCCCACAGCCCUGGUCUAUGGCUCCCUGGCCCUCUUCAUCUCCGUCCUGCACAAUGUGUUCCUGCUCUACUAUGUGGACACCUUUGUCUCCGUGUACAAGAUCAACAAAGUGGCCUUCUGGGUCGGAGAGGCCGUGUUUCUCCUCUGGAACAGCCUCAACGACCCCCUGUUCGGCUGGCUGAGUGACCGUCGGUUUCUGAGCUCUCAGACCCGGUCGGGCCCCCAGCUCUCCUCCAGGGCCGUGGUGUUGGCCCGGGUGCGGGCGCUGGGCUGGCACGGGCCGCUGCUGGCGCUGUCGUUCCUGGCCUUCUGGGUGCCCUGGGCUCCCGCGGGCCUGCAGUUCUUGCUCUGCCUGUGCCUCUACGACGGUUUCCUGACGCUCGUGGACCUGCACCACCACGCCUUGCUGGCUGACCUGGCCGUCUCGGCCCACGGCCGCACCCACCUCAACUUCUACUGCUCCCUGUUCAGCGCGGCCGGCUCCCUCUCGGUCUUCGCCUCCUAUGCCUUCUGGAACAAGGAGGACUUUUCUUCCUUCCGUGCCUUCUGUGUGGCACUGGCCGCUGGCUCUGGCCUGGGCUUCGUGGGGGCCACCCAGCUGCUGAGGCAGCGGGUGGAGGUCACCAGCAGGGAGCCUGCCUGCCCAGCCCUGGCUGAGGAUGGCAGCCUGUGCGGAGAGCGGCUCUUGGUGGGGGGCGAGGAGACGGGCAGCAUCACCUUGGGCCAGUACUUGCGGCAGCUGGCACGCCACCGGAACUUCCUGUGGUUCGUGGGCAUGGACCUGGUGCAGGUGUUUCACUGUCACUUCAACAGCAACUUCUUCCCCCUUUUCCUGGAGCACCUGUUGGCUGACCGCAUCUCCCUCUCCACAGGCUCCUUCCUGCUGGGCAUCUCCUAUGUUGCACCCCACCUCAACAACCUCUACUUCCUGUCCCUGUGCCGCCGCUGGGGAGCCUACGCCGUGGUGCGGGGGCUCUUCGUGCUCAAGCUGGGCCUGAGUGUGCUCAUGCUGUUGGCUGGCCCCGACCGGCCCGGCCUGCUCUGCCUCUUCAUCGCCAGCAACCGCGUGUUCACCGAGGGCACCUGCAAGCUGCUGACCCUGGUGGUCACGGACCUGGUGGACGAGGACCUGGUGUUGAACCGCCGCAAGCAGGCCGCCUCGGCGCUCCUCUUUGGCAUGGUGGCGCUGGUGACCAAGCCGGGCCAGACCUUCGCCCCACUGCUGGGCACCUGGCUGCUGUGCUUCUACACAGGUCACGACCUCUUCCAGCAGCCUCUGCUGGCCCCCGUGGGAAGCGCCCAGCCGUGGCCAGAGCCCCCGGCCCUGCCGCCAGCACCGGCGCCUUCGCUCCGCCAGGGCUGCUUCUACCUGCUGGUGCUGGUGCCCAUCACCUGUGCCCUGCUGCAGCUCUUUACCUGGUCCCGGUUCACGCUGCACGGGAGCCGCCUGCACAUGGUCAAGGCCCAGCGCCAGAGCCUGGCCCAGGCCCAGCCCCUGGACGUGAAGACGGUGUGAGCCGGUGGCGGCGGGGCCGCUGUGUUGAGGAG